UCCUCCCCUACAACAACAACACCACCACCACCACCACCGCUCAAAACCACAAAUUCAGGUGCAAAAUAAUUAAUUUAUUUAUCUUUGUUCACCCCUCAAAGCUGGCUCUCCCUUUGUCCUAGCUAGCUAGAGAGUGAUAAAAAGAAAAGGGAUUAUGAGCCCAGCAAAUCUCCAUGAUCACAAAGCAAAGACCAAGGAUAUGUACCCACCACCACCCUUGAAAGUCAACAAGGACUCUCACAUGAUCAAAAAAUCAUUUCCAUCACCGCCGUCGUCAUCUUCAUCCUCCGCGUCUUCGCUAGCUGUUACAGGUCCCAUCAAGCCCCAUCCGGUGAUCAUCUACACCCACUCGCCCAAAAUCAUCCACACAAACCCUAAGGAUUUCAUGGCAUUGGUGCAAAAACUAACGGGCUUAUCGCAGUCCGAGGAUAUUGACCCGUCGGCACCUCAAGUAAGGAAAGAAAAUGGUUAUAGGGUGGUGGCGAAGGAGGAAAACAAGAAGGUUAAGAUUAACGAUGAUAAUGAAUCGUCUUCAGCCAUUACUGAUCAUGAGAAUUAUGGGAGCAUUGGUGAUCGUGGACAAUGUUUUAUGCCUCGCCAUCCUAAUUACAUGACUAAUAUUCCAAUCUUUACACCUAAUUUAGCUGAGUUUCUAUGCGCAAACCAGCCAUGCUAUAAUAACUAUACUACGGAUCCUUUAUUUCUUUCCUUCUCCAAAUAUGAUCUCACCAACUUCUGCCUUGGAGGUGAAGACUAGUGAGUAAUUCUGCGGGUAUUAUUAGUUUUCUUUCUUCUGAUUUUGGAGAGAAGACAGUCUCUUGGCAGAAUCUUUUUCUUCUUCUGGUUUUAGUGUCAAUAAAAGCUCUGAUACGUACCUAUUCAUUCUUUUUUUUUCAAUUUCAGAAAUAAAGUGUUAAACGAUGUUCAUUUU